AUGGAGUUUCUCGAAUACAAUGAUGUCCAGGCAGAAAUCAAGGGCGCAAUGGUUCCUGGGAGACUAAAGAUGACAGACCAGAAUAUAGUGUUCAAGAAUAGUAAGACCGGCAAGGUGGAACAAAUCCCAGCCAAUGAGAUAGAACUGGUGAACUUCCAGAAGUUCAUAGGAUCAUGGGGCUUGAGAGUGUUCCUGAAGAACGGCACUCUACAUAGAUAUGGUGGUUUCAAAGAAGGGGAACAAGAGAAGGUGGCAAAGUUCUUCAAGACCAACUACAACAAGGACAUGUUGGAAAAGGAGCUCUCCCUGAAAGGCUGGAACUGGGGAACUGCUAAAUUCAAUGGAGCAGUACUAAGCUUCAAUGUAGGAUCAAACACGGCAUUUGAGAUCCCGCUACAUAAUGUUUCUCAAUGCAACACGGGCAAGAAUGAAGUCACACUUGAAUUCCACCAGAAUGAUGACACACCUGUAUCUUUAAUGGAGAUGCGUUUCCACAUCCCGACCAGUGAGUUGGCAGGAGACAUGGACGCAGUGGAGGCCUUCCACCAGCAGGUGAUGAACAAAGCCAGUGUCAUCUCUGUCUCUGGUGAUGCCAUCGCCAUCUUCAGGGAGCUACAGUGUCUUACGCCUCGUGGUCGUUACGACAUCAAAGUAUUCCAGACAUUCUUCCAGCUUCACGGUAAGACAUUCGACUACAAAAUCCCGAUGUCGACAGUGCUGCGUCUAUUCCUAUUACCGCACAAGGAUACGAGACAGAUGUUCUUUGUAGUGUCCCUCGACCCGCCCAUCAAACAAGGUCAAACUAGAUACCAUUACUUGGUGCUGCUCUUUGGUAUUGAAGAGGAAACCAGCUUGGAGCUACCGUUUACUGAGGAAGAAUUGAAUGAGAAAUAUGAAGGGAAGAUAAGUAAGGAGCUGUCCGGCCCAACUUACGAAGUGCUCGCGAAAAUCAUGAAGGUCAUCAUCAACAGACGAGUGACAGGACCAGGAGACUUUUUGGGUCACCACAAAACGCCGGCGAUUGCUUGCUCAUACAAGGCGGCGGCCGGCUACCUAUACCCGUUAGAGAAGGGAUUCAUAUACGUGCACAAACCUCCUGUACACAUCCGCUUCGAGGAAAUUGCUUCUGUCAACUUCGCGAGAGGAGGCGCUUCUUCUACCAAAUCGUUCGAUUUCGAAAUCGAGUUGAAACAAGGCAGCAUACACACAUUCAGCAGUAUCGAGAAGGGAGAAUAUGACAAACUUUUUGACUACAUCACCUCUAAGAAAUUACACGUCAAGAACACUGGCAAAAAUGAUAAAGCUCUAUACGACGAUGACUUUGGCGACUCAGACACUGAGAAAGAACCUGACGCGUAUCUUGAGCGUGUUAAAGCCGAGGCUAAAGAGCGAGACUCUGGGGAUUCGGACUCUGAUGAAAGCACUGAUGAAGACUUCAACCCUGAUAAGGCCAAGGAGAGCGAUGUCGCAGAGGAAUACGACACCAAUCCAUCAUCGUCAGAGGACUCAGAUGCAUCAGGCGGCGGCGGUGGCUCGGAUGAUGAGGGCAAGAAGGAAAAGAAGAAAGAGAAGAAACCCAAGAAGGCUAUCACGAUUUCAGAAGCACCGCGCAAACGUAAGGAAAAGUCAAAGAAACGCGAGAAGGACGUGAAUGCACCGAAGCGGCCGGCCACUGCGUUCAUGUUGUGGCUCAAUGAGAACCGCAAGAGUAUCGUGGAACAGAACCCUGGCAUCAAGGUCACAGAGAUCGCCAAGAAGGGAGGAGAGCUCUGGAGGGAUCUGAAGGACAAAUCCGAGUGGGAAGAGAAAGCAAGCAAAGCGAAAGAAGAAUACAAUAUAGCUAUGAAGAAAUACAAGGACAGUGGCGCUGCUGACGAAUUUAAGCAGAAGAAGAAACAAGCUGAGAAGGAACGUAAAGCCGCAGAGAAGAAAUCUAAAGCCCCAGCGAGUAAAAAAGCAAAGACUACCAGUAAUGCAGGGGCUGGCUCUGGAGGGAAGUUCACCAGCAAGGAGUACAUUGAAGAUGAUGAUAGCUCUUCUGACUCUGAUAAGGAAAAGGACAAGAAGAAGAAAGAUACUAAAGAUACCAAGGAAUCAAAGAAGGAGAAGGCAAAGAGUUCCUCAUCGGAAGCAGAAGCCUCUUCGGGUGGAUCUGGAGACGAAAGCGGAAGCGGCAGUGACUGA